AUGUUCUAUGAUACGGAAUCACAUCUACCGUUGCCUGACGACAAAGAAUUUAUUAUAGAAACAUCGCAUUUUCGUUCAAACAGCAAUACUGAACAAACUGUAAUAUCGCAGAAACGUAAUCUAAACGAAAUUGAUGCUAAAUGCGACAGUAUUAUAUUAACAUCGAUUGACAAAUAUGAAAAUGAUCAUCUUUCUGCGCUUAAUACAAGCUGCAGUGCAGGAAAAGCGGAAACGGAAGAAGCAGAUGAGUAUGAGAAUGAUAAGAUAAUAUCAAUUAUCGGUGAAGAUAAACGAAAUAACUCCAAGGAAGAAAAAUUGUAUAAAUGUUGUGGGAACACUGGCCUCUUCGAGAAAGUGUUUAUACCGAUAAAAGGAUCAUCGAAGGAUUUGAAACGAAGAAGGAAAAAACGAGCGUUUUCAUUACUCGAUAUCCUGAUCUCUACGAGUAUCGUUGCUCCUUUAUCGAUUGGCUUUUGGAGAGGUGUAUGGUCAAGCAUGGAUUAUCGUGCAGAAUUGUUUCCCAGCUGGUUUUGUUUUACGUUCGGCGCAGCUUUGCACGCAGCAUACACGAUUUUCAAAGAUCGAUUUCACGACGUUUACAUGAAGAAGUGGGCUAAAUUAAAUUGGCGAAAACGACUGCCUUACCGGGUUUUACGAAUUCUGUAUACUUACACCUUUGGAGUGGCGUGCAUCGCGCAUUGGCGGGGUAGUUGGAUCAUCAUCGAUAAUCAUCUAUUUGUGCACACAUGGUAA